CGCCGUGUCAGUGGAAGUCCAUUCAUAAUUGAAGCUGAGACUGGCUUAAUCUCGAUCCAGUGGCUCUUGUGUGUGUUGCUGCACGCUCCCACCAUCAACGCAACUGGAGCUUGCAGUUUCUUUGUUGCUAUGCAACUAAAGCAAGAACGAAGGGGCUGGACGGGGGGGGGUGCAUUCACAAGAUCUUUAGAGGGCAUCAUCAGUUACUAAGAGUGGGACUCCGUUGUAUCAACAAGCGCUCUUUUGAGAUCUUCAAACGCGCCUUAAAUGUCAUCUUUUGACGGUCCCACGGUGGCCGAGUGGAUGGCCUCACAGACAGGAGAUUGAGGGUGUGAAUCCGAAACGUUCCUGUGUGGAGUUUGCCUCGGUUUACGCAGUCCAAAAGCAUGCGUGUUAGGUUGAACGGAGACUAGGAUUCAUGUGUUUCUUGCCAAGAACCAACCAACCGUGUUGGUCAAAAGUUUUUUUUGGAAAAAUCAUUGAUAUUUCGAAAUUAGAUCACAUGUUAGCAUGGCUUGAGAUUACAAUUUUUGGGGGGAUUUUCUUUUUUCUAAAUCGUCCAUCGUCCAAUUUUUUGCCGUAGUUGUGAAUAUGACUGUGAAAGGUUUAACUGCUGACUAGUUCGGAGUGUACACCACCUCUCGCCCAAAUUCAGCUGGGAUAGGCUCCGGCAUUCCCUUGACAUUAUACCUAAGCAGUAUAGAGAAUGGAUUAAUGGAUACCAUCUCCUUUCUGGAAUCAAAUAUGGAAGAACUCACAUAGGAAUAACACAAGAAGUUACACAUAUUCUAACCUAAAAAUCUACACUAACCGUAUAUGUGUGCUCAAGUGCACUGGUGGCCUACGUUGCGAAUAUAUAAACACACAAUUAUGCAAAACUUUUUCCUUGUCGAUGAAGGAAACGCUGCUAAAAGAACAGCAGAAGCAGAGUGUGUUGUACGUUCCUGUACACACCAUCCACAGCCACACAGUGACCACGAGAGGCAAGUUUCCAUGGAGACAGAAGUGGAGCUAACAUUCUCUUCUUGUCAGCCCUCGUUUAUUGCAAAAAGCUCGAUCGUUAAAGGAAAGCUCCCGUCGGUGAUCAGGACAAGUGAAUGUGAAUGAUUAGAUGAACGGAAUAGGGCUCACACCUCCCCGUUGCGUGCGUGCGUGAGUGCGUGUGUGUGCGUGAGUGAGAAAUAGCUCAAAUCUAAAGUGACUGGAUUGUGCGUUGUGUGUGUUUUGUUGUUUGGCGUGCUCAUGAAGACUACAGUGCUGAAGCGCAAGCACGAGGUGGCAGUACCCUCUUGUGGCAGCCAUAUGUCACUACAUCAAAAAGCUCGAGUGCCGCAUAUAAUAUAAAAAUAGUAAAUAAUAAAAUAAUAUAACAUACAAAUAUUAAUAAUAGUUGUCAAAUUGCAUGCAUUUAUCACAUCAUUCACAUAAUGUCAUAAUAUUAAUAAUAAUAUAUAUAGCUACUACUAUAAAACUACUACUUUAAUGUCAUAGUUUACAUAGUUACAUAGCUUUGGGAAAAAAAUAAUUUCCAACAUUCGGAACUUGGUUUAAUUUAUUUUGCCAUAGCAAAAUAAAGCAACUGUAUGCUCACAGGUAAUGAUUUGGUUACCUUGUUUUGUCUUACACAACGCUGCCAGUGCAGCUUUAAUUGAAUUGGCCCUGUUUUGUAUUAACUUCAAAUAAAGUUAAAUAAAAUUAAAUAAAGCAUUAAUUGAUUGUGUCUUGGGAUUCAUGAGAAGUCGUGGCACAUUAUUUGAGUACAUUAUAAACAAUGUAGAGCAGGGGUGUACAAAGUGUGGCCCUUUUUUUAAUGGGCAUGCGGCAAAUAGGAAAAACAAAAAUACAUUAAAAACAGUAAAAUAAAACAAUACGAAUAACUAACACAAAUCUAUGUCUUUAAAUAUGUACAACGGUUUUUAGCCUAGUUUGAAUGUUACAAUUAAACUUCAUUUCCCAACAUGCCGUAUACAGCCGUUUCUCUUUGAAAUCUCGCGACACUUCCGGCUUGACCCUGCCCUAUGUCUCGCGCACUCGCAGCUCCUUCGCUCAGUAUAUAAAGCAGAACAACGGCGGACGGAGGACGGCUGGGGAUUCGCAGCCCGGGAUUGUAAAUAAGACCGCCAAAAACUGUUUUAUUUACAAAAGUGAUGCCGGCUGUUUUAAAGUACCGUUCCCAGUUGUUUUAACAGUUUUUUGUCCUUUUUGGCUCUUUAUUUCUCGCCCAUUUCCGUGUGGUUUUUUACACUACGCGUAUAAUGGCGAGCUCGGCUAACUCGAACCCAGUGCCUAAACUGUACAAGACUGUGAUUGAGGAUGUGAUUAACGAGGUACGAGAAUUGUUCCUGGAUGAGGGAGUGGAUGAACAAGUCCUUCUGGAGCUGAAAACGCUAUGGGAAAGCAAACUGUUGCAGUCCAAGGCGGUAGAUGGCUUCCACACGGAGGAACAGGCUGCCCUGCAGGCUGCUCAGCAACAGCAGCAGCAGCAACAACAGCAACACCAACAGCAGCAACAGCAAGUCCAACAAGUCCAGCAGGUUUCCCAGCCAGCGCAGACCCAGCAAGUCAUCCUGUCUCCCCAGCAGCAGCAAGCCCCCCAGCAGCAAGUUCUUGUUCCAGAUUCCAAGAUCCUCCAGCACAUGACUGCCACAGGCAUGAGUGCUGCAGCUACACAAGCAGCGCUUGCUCUGCCCACAGGGGUCACGCCGUAUCCCCAGCUCAUCACAAGCUCAGGUCAGUUCCUGCAAGUUGUUCGUGCACCUAAUGGGGCUCAGUACAUCAUUCAGCAGCCUCAGCAGCCCAUCCUCUUGCAGCAGCAGAUGCAACCAGGAUCUGUGCAGGCCCCAGUCAUUCAGCAGGUCCUGGCUCCUCUACAAGGAGGCUUGUCUCAGCAAACAGGAGUCAUCAUCCAACAGCCACAGAUUGUCUUAGCUCCUGGAAACAAAGUCCCAGGCAACGCACAGGUGAUGCAGGCCACUGCAAUGGCGCCUCAGCCUGGUCAGGCAGCGGCUGCAGCUCAGGUCCAGCAGGUCCAACAGGCUCAGGGCACAGCAGCACCACAGGCCCAAGUGCAGCCCCAGCCACAGCAGGCAGGUCAACCCCAGGCUCAGCAGCCACCCAUAAUGCUGCAGGUGGACGGGGCCGGAGACACGUCCUCAGAUGAAGACGAGGACGAGGAAGAGGAGUAUGAUGAAGAUGAGGAGGAGGAGAAAGACAAGGAUGGGGGAGAAGAUGGGCAGGUGGAAGAGGAGCCACUGAACAGCGGUGAUGAUGUCAGUGACGCGGAGGACCAGGAGCUGUUUGACACAGAGAAUGUAGUAGUGUGCCAGUAUGACAAGAUUCACAGAAGUAAGAACAAAUGGAAAUUCCACCUAAAAGACGGCAUCAUGAACCUGAACGGGAGAGACUACGUCUUCUCCAAAGCCAUCGGGGACGCCGAAUGGUGAGGAAGACAAAAAAGCCAAGCAACAGGAGCAGGAUUUCUGUUACUCCUCCAGUCCAGUUAACAGACAAUAUCAAUAUCCUUCCAUAUCCUGUGACUGGAUUUGAUUUUGGGACAUGUCGGGAGUCGUAAGAGAACUCUGACAACCCCCAAAAGGACUGUGAGGUACCGUAAACCUGGGUCUCGCCGGUAGCACUCGGCGAGCCAGCCUUGCAGGAUGAGAAACCGACAGCGAAAGGGAAAGCCUGCCCUUCUUUUUGUUUCUCAGCCUCAAUCCCGAGCUGUUUCCCCACAUUUCACACCAUGCAGGCGUUAAGAGGACCAGAGUGACCCGACCGGCUUCCAGGCUAGAGGUCGUUAAUUCGAACCCUGUCAUGCACUGUAGAUGGUAGACCGGUUCAACUCGUCUACGCUCAAGUCCAAACUUAAUAUUGCUGCCUUCACUUCUGCCAGAAUCAACUUUUUGGCCUCACCCGCUUUUUUUUGUUUUUUUUGUUCUGGUGUCUCAAGUUUUGGAAAAUGGUGCUCCGGAGCGUUUUAUGUACUUUUAAACGUUUUCUUUUAAAUUGAAGGGUUCUAACAAAGAAGUUUAAAAAAAUGACUUAAAUCUCAACACUAUUUUAUAGCUGUAUAAAGGCAUUAUUUUAAAAUGAUUCUGCACCUAUUCUUUCUUUCCCCUGCCAGCCUGUCUGUAGCCCCGUUCCAGUCAGCAAUUCGGAAUGAAGAAUGAACAAAUCGGUUUAGUGUGAAAUUUACUUUUUGGCAUCUGUCAUUUUAUCAACGUGUGUGCGCUUAAAGCAGUUAAGUUAAUUAAUAGCCGCUGUGUGUGUAUGAGAGUUCACGCAUUUGUUGAUUGCACCACUGAGCACCCCCCCCCCUCCCCCCAGGAAAAAAAAAAAACAGAUUGAAGCUUUUUUGUAUUUAUUCAUGAAAGCUAUUUGUCAUCUACUUUUUUUUCGAGCCGCACCAAACUGUGCUCUUACAAUCAAAUAAGUGUUCCUUUUUUCUGUUGGCUCAACAAAGCUCUUCAUUGUUCCAAAUCAUCUUGUGUGUUUUAGUCUGGGCUUUUAGACAAGGGUGUUUUCUAGGUGAGAAGGAAAGGAGUGUGUGUUUAUCCUGAUGUUUUUAGUGCCCCUGUUGCAGAAAUUUGAAAUAAAUUACCUUUUGGGGGGGGGGGGCUGCUGUGUCCACCUGUUAGUUGGUGUGCGCCACAUAUUUUUAUACAAUGAAUACAACCUUAAAGUAAAAUGUCAUUUAACAUGUUCUUAUUUCAUUUGAUGUCUUUCUGCUUUUCAAACCGAAGCUGUUCACGCUCGCAAAGCGCCCCUCAGCCAAAACCAAUGUCAAGUCAUUGAAGUAGUCCUUCAUAGAUGAUUGAUCCCAGGAUGACUUCAGUAGCUGUGUGUGGAUAAUGGCUCAUAAGAGAUCAUAGUUGUUCCACAUACUUCAAUGUUUGUGCCUUUUUUGCUUUUCUUGUAUUCCCACAAAACGAGGGUGAUCUUUUAAAGAGGAUGUCUAUGAGAAAUGUUUUCUCUUUACUCUGUCGUCACUUCUAAUCGCUGUUGAGAUCAUGUAUUGUUCAAUAAAUCUUUUUUUAUAAAUUAAAUUUGCAACCAAAGUCGGAAGCUUGUACUGUGAAUGCCUUUUAAAAUGAGUUUUUAUUACAUUUUAUUCAUUUUUGACCUUGUAUUCCUGGGUAACCACACAAUUGAAUUUGAAAAACAUGGCUUUUUGACCAAUUUAAACAUGACUGAAAAUCCAGACUGAACUUUUGGAUAAUUUGUAUAUAGUGCAUAUAUUCAAAGGUUAACAUUGUAUGCUACAUUUAAAAUGUUCAUCUACAGGGGAUUUGGACAAU